AUAACAAGGAAUUAAGGCCAAAUUGAGAAUUGGGCUAAAAAAAAUUAGGGCUAGAGAGAAAGCCAAAGCUCAGAACAAAAAGACACAAAAACAAUUGGAGUACUUCCUUUAGUCUCUCUUGCAGUGAGUCUUCUUGGUGGUGGCAAUGAAGACGGAGGCGGAUGGCGCGAUUGUCGGGAAGCCGCCGAUGAACAGUGUGCAUAUCAGCAAGAGAGCUCUUCGUAAUAAAUCUCUCGCUGUCACUUUCAAUGAAAAAGACUUAAGGGAUUAUGUGGGUGGGUUCCACAAACGAAAGAAGAAGAGGAGAAAGGAAGCUCUGAAGCAGCAAGGAGAAGCUGAAAGGCGCAAGCGCCUUGAAGAUCGUAAAAAGAGGAGAAAGGAAAAGGAAUAUGUGCUGUAUGGUGGCGCCCCACCUGAAGAUGGUGCUAAACCUGUUGAUGAAGAUCAGGAGCAAAACGAUGAGAUUGAGCUGAACCCAUUGGCUUCUGUUGAAGGGACAACGUCAUAUGAAAAUGGUGAUAUAAUGGUCACAGUUACUACAAGUGAAAUCGGACUUGAAGAGAGUCCUACUGAAAAGUCAGCGCCAUUAUUACCGCUACCAGGGUCUACUGGAGAAGCUGUAAAAAAGCAAAAUAUUCCUGUAAGCAAGAAGAAGGCCUUUAAAAAAUCCACCAAGGGUAGAUCCCGGACAAAGCUAGUCAGCAAAAGGGAGAGGAGGAAAGGGAAGAUAAAUGGUAAAAAAAGGCGUUAGCUUGUAACACCCAUUUUGUAACUUAACAUGUAUUUAUUGAAGGCUUACAUUUUCUUGAUAGUUAUGCUAGCAAAAUGUACUGGAGUUUUGGGGGUACUGGACAAAGUAUGUGUAGACGUGUAGUGAUAAACAAUUUGCUUCAUACAAAGUGGUUCUGAAAGAAUUUUGAUGCUUUGGACAA